UAAUUUUUUAUCGGCCCCUACAAAAAAGGAAAAAAUAGAAAGAAAAAGAAAAAAAAAAAAAGAGAAGUGAGCAAUCUCUGGGUCGUCGUCCUCCUCCUCGGCUGGGGUUCUCUGGUAAAGAAAAAAAGGCGUAAUCGACAAAGCAAAGGCAACAAUGCCAGCCCAGAAGCGGUCAUUGCCAGAUAAUCUCGACGAUGAAGAGUCCAGCCUUCAUCACCAAAACCACACUAAGCAAUCUCGAACCGAAGAUGACCAACACAAAGCUGAAGAUGUCACAACGCCACUGGUAGAAGAGCAAGAGGCCGAGCAAGAGCAAGAUGAACAAGAACACCAGAAACAAGACCCGGAUGACCAAAACCACCAACUACAACUCCAAGGCGACGACGAAGAUGAAGAUGAUGAAGAAGAAGAUGAUUCUGAUGGAAGCCAAUCUUCUACUUCUCAAGAGAAACCCGAAUUUGUCUUUGUAGAACUUUCAGAAAUUCGCAAAGAUGUUCAAUGUCCAAUUUGUUUAGGAAUCAUAAAGAAAACAAGAACUGUAAUGGAAUGCCUGCAUCGCUUUUGCAGAGAAUGUAUUGACAAAUCAAUGCGACUGGGGAACAAUGAGUGUCCUGCUUGCCGUACACAUUGUGCUAGUCGACGUUCUCUGCGAGACGAUCCAAACUAUGAUGCCUUAAUUGCAGCUAUAUAUCCAGAUAUUGACAAGUAUGAAGAGGAGGAAUUGGCUUUUCAUGAAGAGGAAAGGACUCGCAAUAAGCAGGUCAGAUAUGUGAUUCAAGCAUCAAUUGCCCAGAUAUUUCAGAGACAAUCAGAAGCACUCGUUAAACGACGUAGUCUUGGUAAAGAGAGCACAGGUGCCUUUAUGACUAGGUCACAACGCAUUCAUCGUACUCACCCGCGUAGGAGACAGAACUCUCGAGGGGCUGAGCGUCAAGGGUCUGAAGACAAUGAGGAUGAAAAUGAUGAUAAUGGAGGCAAAGAUUCAUCUUCCACUGAUGAGCGCGGUACAGAAGCGAGACAGAGAAGGUGCAAAAGGCGAUCUGUAAUCCGGCCUUUUCAGCCUUCUUCAUCAGUGGUAAACUCAGAAGGUGGAUGUGUUGAAAAUGAUACAGAGGUGUCUAGAGACAGCAGAGGAAUUUCUCCUGGGCUUGUCUGGAACGCAGACAUGCUUGCUUGGGGAAGGGGUGGUGCUCGGAGUCACACUCGACAUGGAAAUUCUGGUGGCAGCAGUAGCAAGAGUUCACGUGCUCGCUUAAACAGAUUGGUAGAGCACCUCCGGAGCUUGGAGGAAAAUGUUGAUGAGCUGGAUGUUCAUCUCAAGCUUAUUUCAGUGGACGAAAAAAGUACAUCAAGUUUGCAGCAACCCUACCUUUGUUGUCGUCCUAGUCUGUCAGUUAAGCAGCUAUGUGAAUACAUUGCUCUCCAGACACCAUUGCGAGCUGAAGAAGUAGAAAUAUUAAUGGUGAAAGGACAAUAUAGUAGUGAUGACAACCACUCCAACCCAACUCCUUGGACCUCAGAGGAAGCACUACAACUUUUGGAAGGUCAAGAAACUUUGGCAGGUCUUAAGGUCAAGUGCAGUUCCGGACGAAAUCAUUUGAUUCUAGCAUAUCGGCAGAAGCAAACUGGCUAGGAAAUUUGUGCCGUUGUUGACAAUGCCAGUUCUACAAGUAAGAGGUUGGUGUCUCGUUAAUAUACAGUUGAGCUAUGUGUAAAGAGUGGGAGGUGUCUGGUCGUUUGAUGAAACCAUUGUUUGAGUUGCCUUCUUGGUGAUGUUAACAUUUAGGUAGUUUAUGGAGUUGCGAUUUUCGAGGAUGCUAUAGGAAAAAUUUACUUUGUUUUAUGAACAUGUUUGGAUAAAUUUUGCGUCGCCUGCUUAUUUGCUUCUCAAUAGUUUUUGGAGAAAAGUCUACACUGGAAGAUCCGAAAGUUGUAGUUGUACGACGAUCAAUUAAAUGAGAAAAAAGGGUUCAUAGAGCUGAUUGCAAUUCUGGAGAAAAAAAUUCUAAUGAAAUUUUGAGUCUAAUGAAAUGGUACAAAGGAAUAUUUUACUACAUAUUUUGCAUUUAAUGGUACAAAGAGUACAGAAAUGAAUCUGCAAUGUCACAGUUAAUGGGUCCAAUGAGUUAGUUGUUUCACAGCGGUUCAAAAGUUCUUGAACAACAACCCUGAGCCCGCCUGCCGUCGUUUCCUCGAACCAAAAUCACCUCAUAAGAGUGACGGGAC